CGCGCCACCUGUCCCUGGCUGGAGCCGGGCCGCCGGCCCCCUCCCCCUGCCCCCGGGCCCUAUAAAAGGCGGGCACCCCCCUAGCGCCAUGUCUCGGGGCCUGGGUGGCGCGUUGGGGCUGGGGUCUGAGGCAGCGAAGAAGGGGGGCCGCCAUGGGCACGCAGGUGGAGACCCACGUCCAGUACAACCACUCCUAUGUGGUCACCUCCACGGAGGAGUACAUGGCCCAGGAGGACGACUGGGACCGCGACCUGCUGCUCGACCCCGCCUGGGAGAAGCAGCAGCGCAAGACAUUCACGGCCUGGUGCAACUCGCACCUGCGCAAGGCGGGCACCCAGAUCGAGAACAUCGAGGACGACUUCCGCAAUGGCCUCAAGCUCAUGCUGCUGCUGGAGGUCAUCUCAGGUGAGCGCCUGCCCAAGCCGGACAAGGGCAAGAUGCGGUUCCAUAAGAUCGCCAACGUGAACAAGGCCUUGGACUUCAUCUCCAGCAAGGGCGUCAAGCUGGUCUCCAUCGGUGCCGAGGAGAUCGUGGACGGGAACCUGAAGAUGACCCUGGGCAUGAUCUGGACGAUCAUCCUGCGCUUCGCCAUCCAGGACAUCUCCGUCGAGGAGACCUCGGCCAAGGAGGGGCUGCUGCUGUGGUGUCAGCGCAAGACGGCGCCGUACCGCAACGUCAACGUGCAGAACUUCCACAUCAGCUGGAAGGACGGGCUGGCCCUGUGCGCCCUCAUCCACCGCCACCGCCCCGACCUCAUCGACUACGCCAAGCUCAGAAAGGACGACCCCAUCGGGAACCUCAACACGGCCUUCGAGGUGGCUGAGAAAUACCUGGACAUCCCCAAGAUGCUGGACGCCGAAGACAUCGUCAACACGCCCAAGCCGGACGAGAAGGCCAUCAUGACCUACGUGUCCUGCUUCUACCACGCCUUCGCCGGGGCCGAGCAGGCCGAGACGGCGGCCAACAGGAUCUGCAAGGUGCUGGCCGUCAACCAGGAGAACGAGAAGCUGAUGGAGGAGUACGAGAAGCUCGCCAGCGAGCUGCUGGAGUGGAUCCGCCGCACCAUCCCGUGGCUGGAGAACCGCGUGGCCGAGAAGAGCAUGAGCGCCAUGCGCCGGAAGCUGGAGGACUUCCGCGACUACCGCCGCGUGCACAAGCCCCCGCGCGUGCAGGAGAAAUGCCAGCUCGAGAUCAACUUCAACACGCUCCAGACCAAGCUGCGCCUCAGCAACCGCCCCGCCUUCAUGCCCUCCGAGGGCAAGAUGGUCUCGGACAUCGCGAACGCCUGGAAGGGGCUGGAGCAGGUGGAGAAGGGCUACGAGGAGUGGCUGCUCACCGAGAUCCGCCGCCUCGAGCGCCUCGACCACCUGGCCGAGAAGUUCAAGCAGAAAGCCACCCUGCACGAGACCUGGACCAGAGGGAAGGAGGAGGCGCUGACGCUGCGGGACUACGAGGCCGCGUCGCUGUACGAGGUCCGGGCCCUGCUGCGGCGCCACGAGGCCUUUGAGAGCGACCUGGCGGCUCACCAGGACCGCGUGGAGCAGAUCGCAGCCAUCGCCCAGGAGCUGAACGAGCUGGACUACCACGACGCAGCCUCGGUGAACUCCCGCUGUCAGGCCAUCUGCGACCAGUGGGACACGCUGGGGACCCUCACCCAGAAGCGCCGCGAUGCCCUCGAGCGGGUGGAAAAGCUGCUGGAGACGAUCGACCAGCUGUACCUGGAGUUCGCCAAGCGCGCCGCCCCCUUCAACAACUGGCUGGACGGCGCCAGCGAGGACCUGCAGGACAUGUUCAUCGUGCACAGCAUCGAGGAGAUCCAGACCCUGAUCACGGCGCACGAGCAGUUCAAGGCGACGCUGCCCGAGGCCGACAAGGAGCGCGCGGCCAUCGCCGGUAUCCAGGCCGAGGUGCAGAAGAUCGCGCAGACGUACGGCAUCAAGCUCAGCGCCGGCAACCCCUACAGCGCCCUGUCCCACCUCGACAUCGCCUCCAAGUGGGACACGGUGAAGCAGCUGGUGCCGCACCGCGACCAGACGCUGCAGGAGGAGCUGGCGCGGCAGCAAGCCAACGAGCGCCUCCGCCGCCAGUUCGCUGCCCAGGCCAACAUCAUCGGGCCCUGGAUCCAGACCAAGAUGGAGGAGAUCGGCCACGUCUCGGCAGACAUCAGCGGGUCCCUGGAGGACCAGAUGAACCACCUGAAGCAGCACGAGCAGAACAUCAUCAACUACAAGACCAACAUCGACAAGCUGGAGGGCGACCACCAGCUCAUCCAGGAGGCGCUGGUCUUCGACAACAAGCACACCAGCUACACCAUGGAGCACAUCCGGGUGGGCUGGGAGCAGCUGCUGACCACCAUCGCGCGGACCAUCAACGAGGUGGAGAACCAGAUCCUGACGCGCGACGCCAAGGGCAUCAGCCAGGAGCAGAUGAACGAGUUCCGGGCCUCCUUCAACCACUUCGACCGGAAGCGGAACGGGAUGAUGGACCCCGAUGACUUCCGCGCCUGCCUCAUUUCCAUGGGCUACGACCUGGGCGAGGUGGAGUUCGCCCGCAUCAUGACGCUGGUGGACCCCAACAACACGGGGGUCGUGACCUUCCAGGCGUUCAUCGACUUCAUGACCCGGGAGACGGCCGAGACCGACACGGCCGAACAGGUCAUGGCCUCCUUCAAGAUCCUCGCCUCCGACAAGAACUACAUCACGGUGGAGGAGCUGCGGCGUGAGCUGCCCCCGGAGCAGGCCGAGUACUGCAUCACCCGCAUGACGAAGUACGUGGGGGCCGACUCCGUGUCUGGGGCCCUCGACUACGUCUCCUUCUCCAACGCGCUCUACGGCGAGAGCGACCUGUAAACCCCCGUGCAGGGGCCUCCGUGCUUUCCCCUCCGGCUCCCGGGGACCCCCUCUGCCCCCCCUUCCUGCACCAGACCUCCAGCCGCAGCAGGGGCCCAGCUGCUGGGGCGUGGAGAGGUGGGGGGGCCGUGUGUCCGGGGGGUGCAGGCUGGCGCCAUGCCCCUGCCCCGUGAUAAUAAAGGCAGUGCACCCGCAAGAG